AUGGAAAAAAUCCGAGUCCUGGAUCGCAAAUGUAUUAGGACUUGCCUGAGGGUAUACCGCUCUCGUGAGUCCAACUUCAAGAAGCAAAUCAGCAAUGAAACUCUAUACAACAUUGCUAACAUCCCCCGGAUCGACAAUUUUAUAAUUAAGCUAACGCGAGAUUACUUUGCGAAAUUCUCUUCAAUUGAGAAUAAAGAAAUUGAAAAGAUCUUGGAAACACCUGACCAACAGAUCUACAUCACGAACCACAACUCAGCUUGCCUACCACCCCAAGCGUUUAUCUACUUUGACAAAAAAGGCAUCAUACAAGACAGCAACAACGUACCAACAUACUCAACUAACAAGAAUUUAUAUCCUAAUUGGAUACCUCUCAAUACAUAUUUAAUUAACAAAAUAUUUAGGUUCUAA